UUUUCAAUUUUAUUUGCGGUCGCUAGGGGUUUAUUCUGGGAGAGGGUAGAGAGAGAGAGUGAGAGGGAGUAUUUACAAGGGAAUUAUGGGGGAGUCGAAGCGUGAUAGCAGUAUGAGAUGCCAUCACUGCGCAGGUCCCCUUUCCAAGGAGAUGGAAACUAGUCAGUGGACUGUUCCACCUCUUAUCAGGGAUAGCUUUUCCAUGAUUGGCUCUGCUGUUGGUGGUACAACUAGUGCAUUUUAUGGAUUCAACCACGUGAUGCCAAUAGUCCGGAGAUGGGUAAAAGGCCCUAUGUGGUUGCAUUUUCUCAUUGGUGCACCACCUGUGAUAGUAUUCUCUUCCGCUUGUGCAGGAUUGUCAGGUGGUGCUGUUCCCGCCCUAGCCCAACUUGCUUCUUCAUCUUAUCAUGCAGCAGUCUCAACUCCUCAAUUGCCUCCACCUUCGCAAGAUGACACGCUGCACGAUUCCCGAACUUCCUCUACCCUGUAAUAAGAUCUGCUUUCUUGUUAUCUGCGAGUCUGAGAGAGGAGUCAAGUACACGUGGAUGCCCACUUUAGUAAGGUGCCUCGCGAAGUUCCAUAAGCAUGCAUCCGUGUGCUCUUUUGAUUAUACAGAAUACUAAUAUUUAAUUGGGUUAAAAAUUUUGUUUGAUAA